CCCAAAGAGUGCGUCACUCCAUUAUUGAUUCAUUCCAAUCCAAAUUCCAAUUAAGGCCUCCCUCCGCGACUGCAAAUUUCUUCCCGAUUCGAACAUUGCGUUGGACUACGGCGCUCACAAUUUCAACGCCGAGCACAAAAAAUUUCAACUGAAAUCUAAUCUCACGAUCGGAACCCUAGAAAUUCCGCGUGUUUCUUCGAACCGGUGAAGUUAAUCCUGUGGUUUCGCGACACAGAGUAGAAGAAAGAACGGCGAUGGAUUUGCAAUUGAAGUCAAGCUGUAGCGGAUGCGGUUCAACCGCCGAUCUCUACGGCAGCAAUUGCAAGCACAUGACUCUCUGCUUGACCUGCGGCAAAACCAUGGCGGAGAAUCGCGCCAAAUGCCGCGACUGUGGCGCCACCCUAAAUCGCUUGAUUCGAGAAUACAGUGUUCGUGCAAGUUCUCCCAGUGAUAAACACUACUGUAUCGGAAGAUUCAUGACUGGGUUGCCUGAUUUUUCAAGGAAGAAAAGUGCUGAAAACAAGUGGUCUCUGCAGAAGGAUGGACUACAGGGUCGCCAAAUUACUGAUACUUUAAGGGAGAAGUACAAGAACAAGCCUUGGGUCUUAGAGGACGAAACAGGUCAGUCCCAGUUCCAGGGUCAUCUAGAAGGUUCACAAUCAGCUACCUAUUAUCUUCUGAUGAAAGAAAAGAAGGAGUUUGUUGCCAUUCCUGCUGGUUCUUGGUACAACUUUAACAAGGUUGCACAAUAUAAGCAAUUGACUUUGGAGGAAGCGGAAGAGAAAAUGAAAAAUAGAAAGAAAACUGCUGAUGGAUAUGAAAGAUGGAUGAUGAAAGUGGCAAAUAAUGGGCCUGCUGCAUUUGGUGAACAUGGGAGGUUUGAUGACAAGGAAAGCAUUACAGGUGGAGGGAGAAGCCGUAAAAAAACUGGUGAGGAUGAUGAAGGUAAUGUCUCUGAUAAAGAAGAUAGAGAAGAGGAGGAUGACGAGGAGGAGGCAGAAAGGAAAAAUAGAUUUGGACAGAAUAAGAAAGGAGGUGGUGAUGACGAUGAUGAUGAAGGUCCAAGGGGAGGGGACCUUGAUGAUGAUGACUUUGAUGUUGAGAAGGGUGAUGAUUGGGAACAUGAAGAGAUUUUCACUGAUGAUGAUGAAGCCGUCGGCAACGAUCCAGGGGAAAGGGAAGAUUUGGCUCCUGAAGUCCCUGCUCCUCCUGAAAUCAAGCAGGAUGAUGAUGAGGAGGAGGAGGAGGAUCGAGAUAAUGAAGAGGGGGGAGGUCUGAGUAAAUCUGGGAAAGAGCUGAAGAAGCUGCUUGGGCGAUCUGGUGGUAUGGAUGAAUCAGAUGCAGAGGAUGAGGAUGAUGAUGAAGACGAUAUGGAUGAUGAGGAUGGUGUUCCUCCUGUGACUGCUAUAAAGCAGAAGGAUGCACCUAAGGAAGAACCUGUUGACAACAGCCCUUCAAAAACCAUGGCAACAGGAUCUGCUCGUGGAACACCUUCUUCUUCAAAGUCUUCUAAGGGGAAGAGAAAAUCAAAUGAGGAAGCAAAGCCAUCCAAUGGUGCAACACCAAAGAAGGUGAAGACAGAAAAUGAAUCAAAAUCAUCUACCAAAGAUGUAAGUGGGUCUGCUUCUAAAAGUAAUCCACCUCCAAAAAGUACACCACAACCAUCAUCAUCAAAAGCUGGGCCUUCUACCACAGCUUCUGGACCUGUUAGUGAGGAAGAAAUUAGGGCUGUUUUGUCACAGAAGACCCCAGUGACCACGCAGGAUCUUGUAGCUAAAUUUAAGGCAAGAUUAAGAUCUCCAGAGGACAAGCAAGCAUUUGCUGAGAUCCUGAAGAGAAUCUCUAAGAUACAGAAGACUGCAAACGGGUCCAGUUAUGUUAUCCUGAGAGAUAAGUGACACUCUUCAAAAUUUCCCAAUGGUUGGUUGUGAGGGAAGAUGCAACAUCGAAAAGAAUAUCAGUUAUUAUACGUUGUAUAUUUUUCACAUGUUGGGCACCAUCUUGGAGAUGCUAUGACUAAUUUUCUAUUAGGAUUAGUAAGCUAACGACCAUUAAGUGCACGACUAUGACUUGUCGACUUUGGUAUAACAAUGCGUUGGAAAAUUGAUUUCAAUGGGAUGGACAAGGAGACUGUGUAUAUAGUAAUGCAUUGAAUAAAAUGUGUAUGCCAACGACAUGGUAGAUGUAUAACAUGCCACUUAUUUUUAACAAUGAUGGAAAUGGAUUUUGAUUUUGUACA